AUGCGGCAAAGAUGGCGUCCUGACAAAGGACUGCCACCCGCCACCGGGAAACGGGUCGCAGACCGGGGAAGUCCUGGCCGUCCCCCGGUCCCUCGAAUAGAUUUCACCCCGCGGCCGCACCUCGACGUAAUUAUUAAGGGCAUCCGACUACGCGCGCUACUCGACACCGGCUCCGAGAUUUCUUUUAUAAACACCGAUGCGCGAAACAGGCUAGAAGGAGCACAAGACAGGGUUAAGAGUAACGAGAAAGAAGUACAAUUAGCUGACGCACAGAUAAUUACCCUGCCCGGGUCGUUGGAACUACCUGUCUCCAUCGGCACACGACACCUGACGCACGCCUUCUAUAUAAUGCCCACCCUCAAGAGCGCCGUGCUCAUAGGGAUGGACAUCUGGGCACAGCUAGGCUACGCAAUACCCGCACCUCCGCCGACCAUCACGACAAAUCACCUCGCCACGAUCGCAACAGCCAAAGGGUUAGCGACGCGAUCCCAAAACAAAAGCCGCGAUCUAAAAGCAUUCCUGCGCGAAGAAUUACCUUUAUUCGAACUAGUGCAAGGCCCUACGGCUCUGUCACAACAUGAGAUCCCCGUAAAACCAGGCGUACGGCCGAUCAAACAACGGUACCGUCCCCGAAACCCCGCCGUCCAAGCGGUCAUCGACCGCGAAGUGCAAGAGAUGCUCAGCGAGGACAUAAUCGAACCCGCCGUCAGCGCAUGGAGCUCUCCUGUAAAUAGUAAAAAAGAAAAACGGGAAAAACCGUUUUUGCAUUGA